GACGUGAAGUUCGCAUUCGACAGCAUGGACCACGACGUAUUGACGCAAUCUCUGCUUCACAUGGGAGCGUCGCACGGCAUGGUGGGACUCCUAUUGCAGGAGUUGCAUGGGUUACGAGGGAGAUUUGCGAUCCCUGGGGCUGGGGAUACAGAGUUUUUUAAUUACGAGCGAGGCGGAAAACAGGGAGGCGUGGAGACUCCGGACUGCUGGAACGCGAUUGUGGAAUGCGCAUCGGAACCCGUCGUGGCCAACUGGAGCGAGCAGGGAUGGGGUGUCAGGUACGACGGGAACCUCAUUCACCAUGCGAUCUGGGCAGACAACAUCGUCUUCUUUGCCACCGACCCGAACCAUCUGCAGCACAUGGUCUCCGAGGCAACUCUGGCUUUUGCGAAG